CUCCUGGAAGGGUCCAUGAGGCUUCGGCGUCCCUUGAAGGACGCGAUCGAUGCGGGAGCUCGGGCCGGUCCGGGCGUAAAAGCGAUUCCCACGGUGAAGUCCAAGAAGAAGACCUUGGCGAAGCCGCCCGCGGCCGGGGUGGCGGCCACGAGGGCGGCCGAGGCAAAGAAGAAAGCCGCGGAGAGGAAGGCGGCGCCGUCCGACCUUGGGGGUGCGGGGUCGGCUCCAGAAGAGCCCGCCGCCGGGAGUCAAGCGGAGAAGGAGAGCAUUAGCCACGUCGAGCCCACCGCCAACGUUUUUCCUCUACCCAGCAUGGCUCGCGGGGGCAUGGCGAGUGCGGCGACGGGUCCGGACGUUGCUCCGCCUGUGGUGGAGGAGGAGUCGACUGACAUUGGAUCGACCGAGGGCGGAAGGCACCCGGGUUGA